AAAUGAUCCUAUCAAGAGUUAAGCCAGCAUCUUCCGAAGGCGUGAAGAAGUCUGCAUCGGACAAGAAGAUCCCUAAAUUAGAGGAGUUCCUGGAGAAGCGUGAUUAUACAGGUGCCUUGACGUUGUUGGAGUUCAACAACGCCACGGAGAGUACUCUAAACUCCGAACUAUGGAUGGGUUACUGUGCUUUUCAUCUUGGGGACUACAAACGUGCGGCCACGAUUUACGAGAGUCUAAGGAAAAAGGAACACACACCAGCGGAUUCGUCGACGAAUUUAGCAUGCUGUUAUUUUUAUCUCGGGAUGUACCCUGAAUCGCAAAAUAUUCUGGAAGAUGCACCAUACAGUAAACUGAAGACCAGACUUUUGUUUCACCUAGCACACAAAAUGAGCAACGAGGCGAAAUUAAUGGAGUACCAUCACAUGCUGGAGGACAUAAUAGAGGAUCAACUUAGCCUGGCCUCUAUCCAUUAUCUCAGAGCACAUUACCAGGAGGCCAUUGAUGUUUAUAAAAAGAUCUUACUGGAGAACAGGGAUUACUUCGCACUGAACGUGUACGUUGCCCUGUGCUAUUACAAAUUGGACUACUAUGACGUGGCCCAAGAAGUUCUCCAAGUUUAUCUGCAGAAGUAUCCUGACAGUGCAAUCGCCAUAAAUUUAAAGGCGUGCAAUCAUUUUCGGUUGUACAAUGGUAAUGCUGCGCAAAAUGAGAUGAAGCAACUAGUAGAGAAGAUGUCCAGUUCCUUCAGCUUCAGUCACGAUCUUAUACGUCACAACACAGUGGUAUUUAAAGGUGGCGAAGGAGCAUUGCAAAUUUUGCCGAAUUUGGUGGACGUUAUACCAGAAGCUAGGUUGAAUCUCGUGAUUUAUUACUUGAAACAAGACGACGUGCGAGAAGCUUUCGAAUUAAUCAAGGAUCUUGAACCAGCUGUGCCCCAGGAAUAUAUUCUAAAAGGGAUAGUGAACGCAGUAAUGGGACAAGAAACGAAUUCCCGCGAUAAUGUGAAAACGGCGCAACAAUAUUUCCAAUUAGUGGGUUCCUCGGUGUCGGAAUGCGAUACCAUACCUGGCAGACAAUGCAUGGCCUCUUGCUUCUUCCUUUACCAUCAGUUCGAGGAGGUUCUGUUUUACCUGAACUCAAUUAAGACGUACUUCUCCAACGAGGACAACUUCAACUUCAAUUAUGCCCAGGCACAAACUGCUGCGGGCUACUUCAAAGAGGCGGAGGAGGCAUUCUUGAAUAUACGAAACGAGAAAUACAAGAACGAUUACAUUUACAUUAGCCUCCUGGCGCACUGCUUUAUAAUGAACAAGAAACCUCAGUUGGCCUGGGAGCUGUAUCUGAAGAUGGACACGACCACGGAAUCGUUCAAUUUGCUUCAAUUGAUAGCCAACGAUUGUUACAAGGUCGGCGAAUUUUGGUACGCAGCUAAGGCUUUCGACAUGCUGGAGAGGAUGGAUCCAAGCCCGGAAAAUUGGGAAGGGAAACGUGGUGCCUGUUGCGGCACGUUUCAAUACGUCGUGGCUGAAAAGCAACCGAGAGAGCUGUUACCUGAAAUUAUACAGCUUUUGAAGAACACGUCGAACUCGCAAGUAGAGCAGAUUAUCCGAGUGAUGCGCAAAUGGGGAAAAGAUAACAGAAUUAAUUGUUGA